AUGGGUGCCGGUGCGUCCACGCAACUCGAUUCGCAGCUUGACCAGCUGGUCAAAGAGGGCCUGCAACAGGGCGCUCAGGAGAAAGAUGUUCUUCUAGAGGCAAGCAAGCGUAUCCAAGAUCGUUUGGCAAAGCUUCCGCAGCAAGCGGGCAAGGAGCAGGAGGCAGCAAGCAAGUUGCAGACGCUUUGGGCUGGCGGCCGGGAAACCGUGAUUGUGGAGCUGGGAGCCAAAGACCUGAAGCGCCGAGGCUCACCCAAGCCCUUGGAAGAAGUGGAGCAGAUCAUCUUAAUCCUGGAUCCACGUGGGGACAUUUUCAGGUUCUACUGCACUGAGGACGUUGAGACUAGGAAGACCGUCAGAAUGGACGAGAUUCUGACACCAGAAGUCCUGAACAAGACGAUUGCGUUCUACUUGUUGCCAUCCCUCACCUCCUCGCCUGAAGCCUUGCUGGGCGUGGAGUGGCUGCCUGCCGGGAUCUCUGCCACGUUCGGCAUGGUGAUUGACGACGCCAUGGAGGUGUGCGUCCUGCGCACUGAUGAGUACCUGGUUCACGGAGAUAGUCUGCUGGUUCAGAUGGUUGAUGACGGGAAGCUGGUCUGCCCGGCAGAGGAGGCCCAGAGCAUGUUACGCAUGUUCAGCCCAUGUGACAGCCUGCUUGGCAACAACAUGAGCAUCUGGAACCACAUCAUCAUCUCAUACGGCUUUGAGUACGGACAAUUCUGCGAGUUUCAGGAAGCCCUGCCGGAGAGUCGCCUGCAAUCAAUCUUGCGGAGCCCGGGCAGCCGUGGCUUGUCUCGGAAGGCGCUGCCAGCUCCAGAAAAGGACAAGGCUGCACCUGCCAGAGUGGUUUUCCAGCAGAAUGCCAGCCCGAUGUUCGUCGCCUUUAGCAACUCUGCCGCGACAAGGUACUCCAAACAAUUAGGCUCAUCAGGCACUCGAGUGCUACUCUUUGGCCGGCAGCAGUAUGGGCACCUCGGUAAGUGGCUGACGGCCAGGUCGAAGGUGGAAGAAGAAAUCCGCAAAGUCAAAGAAGAGAAGGAGGAGGAAGGAGAGCAGGCAGAAGACAUUCCUGUACCCGACCUACCUCUCCCUCCAGCUGAGCUGGAAGAGUUCUUUGGUGACCACGUCUACCCUAUCCUGAUCCUAGAGCCUGAGGACAUGUCCUUCAGCAUGAUGAAAAGGGAUACUCCCGACGGCACCUAUGAUUGCUUCCGGGCCAGCGCUGCGACGGAGUACAUGGCGGCAUUUCAGGAGGUAUGCAUUCAAAAGGGCCUUGAUCGCUCCAUUUGCGUCCUGGGCGUCGGCCAGGACUUCGACAGCUUUGCCCAGAACGGCGCCUUCGUAGAGCUUCUCUCCUACCUCAUGGACAAAUCCCGGCAAUCCUGGCCAAUGAUUUUGGUCACUGAGGACGAGGUUGCGCAGGCCGCAGGCUUGUUCACGCGAGUCAAGCACCCGCAGGAGAAUGUUACGGCUAUCCUCCCGCACAUGGGACAAGGCAGUACCUUGCGUAGCUGUAUUCCCGUGAUCUACACGCUGCCAUCUGCGUUGGGGCAGGCAGGAGAGCUGGAGGAUGACAGCAUCCUAACACCGGCCCUGACCGUGGGUACCGGCGUGAGCGGCAUCCCCAAAUCGAAGUUCAAUCCUAAGUUCCAGGCUAAAGACCCCGAAGGCCGCUGCAAGGGGUUCAACUGA